AUGGUAUCUUAAUCAUUUUUGUAAUUCUUGUUAGCCUAUAUAUGUGUGGAACAAUUAAGAGGUUUAUUAAUUAUCAAUAUCUAUAGGUCUUGCAUUAUUACCUGAAGAAACUUAAAAACCAGAGACCAUUAACUUGUAUUCUGUGUCUACCAGUUAAUUUAUGGAAACUUCAAAUCUAGAGGGUUCUACUUAAGGAGGAACAAGCUUAUACUUGAAAGUAAUAAUAAUUGUAUCUUUAGGCUAUAGGUUUUGAUUCUAUAAUAACCAACAACAUAAUUUUUAUAGGCAAAUACCCUUGUAUCAUAGAUGAAACAUUUGUUAAAGAGUAAGAAUUGUCAUGUAAAACUACUGCACCCUUGCUUAAUGACAAUUCACUAUAGAAUCUUCUAGUGACUGUAGAGGCAUCUGAUAAUAAGAAAUCAGUAUGUACGUCCUUAACAAAUAAAUGCCUUUUUUCAUAUAAAAAACAAAAAUCUCCAUAUUUACAUUACUUAAUUCCUUCUAUUGGAUUUGCAAAUUCUGUCUUGUCUACUAAAGGAGAGUGGACAUUGAUAGGUGAAGAACAUAAUGAAAUUGAGAAAAUUCUUAUUGGACAGAAAUCAUGUGUAAAAAAUCAAUACAGAUUAUUGAAUACCCAAAUAUAAAAGGAUGAAGAUGUAAUAUCCUGUAAAUUGGCAGAAGACCUAAUUUCAUAAACUUAUUAAAUUAAUGUAGGUACAAGAAGAGGAUACAUCUUAUCUUAAAAAAGCUUUAAGUAAAAAUAAUGUUUUUAUAAAAAGAAUGCUUCCAUUAAUAUCUUCUUUAUAAUGGUCAUAUGAAACAAAUGAGUCAUUUAUAUUAAAUAUAAAUGGAUAUGGAUUUAAGAGUGGUUUGACUGAUAAUAUUGUGAAAAUUUCAGGAACUGAUGUUUCAAUAACAGUGUUAGAAGUAUCCACAAAUUAAUUAAAAGUAAAUAAAGUAAAUUAAAUUAUUUAAGGUCUAAAUACCAAAAAUAACAGAUUAAAUAAUAUUAGAUUCAUUGUAUGGAAGUGACUCAGUAUUCAUUUCUGGAACUGGAUUAUUUUAUACUAAAUAUGAUUUUAGAGGAUUAACAAAUUAAUAUACUAAUUGUGAUGUUUUUAGAAAUGACAUAUUAUCAGAUUCUUAAGACUUAAAAGCUAGAAUAAUUUAAAAUGGUGUUUAUUCAUAACCAGAUUAUAUUGAUGAAGUUGAAUCUUAAUAUGGAUAAUAUUUUAGAGGUUUUUUUAAAGCAACAUAAUCUGGAGAAUAUUAAUUUUUAUUAGCAGCUGAUGACUAUGCUACAUUUUAUAUUCAAACUACUGAAACACUCAAACCAAUUCAUGCUGAUUCUCCAGCUGCUUCAUCAUCAUAAUCUACUUAAUAUAGAAAUUAUUAUGGUGAAUAACUAUGGGAUAAUUAAAAAGUUGUUAAUUCAAUUUCAUAAAUAAUCAAUUUAGAAGAGAAUAAAUAUUAUUAUAUUGAAAUCUUUCAUAUUAAUACUGUAGGCAAAGGAUUUUUAACUCUAUCUAUGAAUGCCAACAUUAAUGAGUUGUAAGCACCAAAUACAAGAUCAAGUUAAUUAUUUUAAGUAAAAACAUCCUACACACCUUAAAAUGAAAUCUAAGAAAUUAAUAUCUAUAAUUCAUAAGAAAAUGUAUUAUUGUUAGAUACUUUUAAAUUAAAAUUUAAGGACUCUAACCAUAAAUAAUUAUCCUUUAUUACUUAAGAUAUAACUCUUAACUUUAAUAGUGAUUAAAUUUAAAAAGCUCUUUUAGAUUGUUGUAAUUAUUUGACAUUAGUAAAAAUAAAUAAAUUAGAUUAUUCUGGAUAAGUUUUAGAUGAUGCUUCUGAAAUAUAUGCUGGUCAUUAAUAUAUAAUAACAUAUCUUUCUCAUAGAGGAUAGAUAGAAGAUCGUUAUAUCCCUGAAUUAAUUUCAAUAUAGGAAUAAUAUAUUUUUAAUGUUCGCACUAUUCAAGAACCAUUAGAUCCUAUUUCAGGAUCUUUCAAAUUAUCAUUAAUAUAGCAAUCCAACAUAUUUAUAGAUUAAAAUAACAACUAAGAAUUAUCCUUUGAUGUUGAUCCUAGUAUUUUGGCUGAUAAUUUUUAUAGAAUAAUAGGUGAAAAACCAAUAGUUUGGACUGAGGGAAGACCAUAGGAUGGAUAGAUCUGGAAUAUAUUAUUUACAUCUUGUUCAAAUACUAUACAAAAUUUCAAAUCCGAAUAAAAUAAUUUAUAGUCUGGAAAUGGAAAUGUUAAUUUGGAAGUCUUAAAUAUAAAAACUUGUAAUCCUUCUUUGUAUGAACCUAUACCAGCACUUAAACUAUUCACAUAUGGUACUAAACCCUAAGUUUAAGUGUCUACAUCUGAAGGAUAAGGAGCUUGUGAAUAAGAGGGUGUUUGUGAUUUUAGUUUUGAGUAGACAAAAUUAUUCAUUUUGUAAUCAUAUAGUGUAAGCAAUGAAUUUAUGGCUCUGAGUUUUUCUAUUCUAUCAUAAGAGCAAUUAAAUUUGGUAGCUAAUGAUUUUACUAUUGAUUUUAGAGGUGCUGUCUGUAUAGAUAUUAAGAUUGUAUCAAAUGAUUCAAAUUUAUUAAAAUUAAUUUGUACUCUUGAGACUCAGAACACUGAAGUAAUAGCAGAGGUUGGUACUAAUUAAUAUCCAAUAAUCUUUAACAAACUUUAUGGAUACAUCAAAAGAGAUACAAGUGUGAUUGCUGCUUAAACAUUACUAGAAUUCAAUUCUAUUGUUCCUAAUACUGCCUCUCCUGAUGGAGGAGCUGAAAUAACUAUAUUAGGGAUUGGAUUUCCUAAAGAUUUAUCUAGAAAAUUUGUACUAAAAAUGGGAAACACUUAGAUUAACCCUUUGACAAUAAGUAAUAAAAAGAUUGUAUUUAUACAUCCAUCAGGAACUGAUGGUACUAUAACAAUUUAAUUUAAUGGUAAUACUUUUAGUGAUAAUUCAUUUACUUAUGAUGCAGCAUAUAAAUUAACUAUAACAAAGUUAAGUUCUAAUAUAAUAUCCCCUUUUUUCAGGGAUACUUUAUAAGUAACAGGAACUAAUUUUGGAACAGUAUUACAGGAUAUCAAAGCAUUUAUUUAGAAUAAAGAAAUUUAAGUAGUUGAUGUACAAGAUUUAUUAUUGACAGUGCGAGUAAAUGUUUUGUUAGAUUCAUCUUUAUCUUAAAUAAUAAUUUAAAGAAGACAAUAUGGAUAAAUAUAAACACCAAUUACAGUUGGCUUAUAAAUAACUCAUAUUACUCCUAAUUCAUCCACAAUUAGAAUUAAUUAAUUUGGUAGUUAUCUUGUAAAAGUUUCAGGAUCAAACUUUCUAAAUGGUCCUAGUAUCAUUACAUUUAAUUCUGUAAACCCUUAAACUUGUGAAUUAACAUAGAGAAAUGCAACAUAUAUAAUAUGUAAAAGUCCACCUAAGAUAUUGGAUGUACAAUCUGGAGUAUUUCGUCUCAUUUAGAAUUUUAAGCAUGUAAUAACUUGUACAUAAUGCAAAUAUGAAUAUUUACCAUUUCCAGAAAUUGUAAGUGUUAAAAUUGGUGAUAUUACUAUUAAUAAUUUAAAAUAUUCACCAAAAUAGCUAAUGUUUUGGUCUGAAGAGGCCAAGAUAUAAAAAACCCAUCCUUUAUUGUUUUACAAAUAAUCACAAUUUAUUGAUUCACUAUUAUCAUAUGAUUAAAUUUGGACUUAAACAAUACUGAAUUCUACUCCCGGAUAAGUUUUAUAAUUGUAAUGUUAACUCUCUGCAACAGCCUAAUUAGAUGUUUUUAGUGCUAAAAUUGCAACUACAAAACUAUCCUUCACUUAAGAUGGUUAAACUAAAUAUUCUGUCAAAACUUAAUCAUCUGGUUAACUCAUUUUAAUUACUUUUCCACAAUUGACUUAAGGAUUACAUUUAACAUAACCAUAAUUUUUCUAUGCCACUCUUAUAUUUUGGUAUACAAGAUUUGGUUUGGAAAUCACAUCUGUAACUGAUGCAACAAUUAGUGGAGGUAAAAUAAUAAUUAAUGGGUAUGGUUUUAAUGAACUUUACUUAAAAAAUAUUUAAGUUGAAGAUAAAGAAUGUAAAGAAAUAAAAGUUAUAAGUUCAGUAGAAAUAUCAUGUUUUUUAAAAACAAAACUAAUAGCUGGUUAAAAUACACUUACACUAAAUUAAUUUGAUUAAGAAAACUAAGAUACAUUAUUAACCAGAACUUUUGCAAUCAAUAUUAAAGAAGAUACUAUAUCUCCAUAAGUAAAUACAAUAUUAGUUGAUGGAAUAGAUAAAUUAGAUGCUACUAGGAAUUCAAUAGUGUAUAAUCCUGGAACUUUUAAAUUGAAAAUUGAAGGAAUAAAUUUAUUAGGAUAAGAAGUAGUAGUUUAACUAUUAACUAAUACAGAAAUAAUAAUUGGAAUAAAGACUUCAACAACCUAGACUUAAACAUUAAUUGAAUAUGAAUUUUCAAGCAUUCCAAUAGGAAUUUAUUUGAUAGAAAUAAGAGUUGGUAAUUAUUAUGCAUCUUUUGUAAAUUAAGAUUAUUCAAAUUUAAUUGUGGAAUAAUCUCAAGCACCAACAUUAAGUAAUCCUUUUAUUUCUAGAGAUGGAAUUAUUUUUAAUAUAAAUGGUAAUGGAUUUUCAUCUAAUCUUUUAUCUAAUCUAGUUUAAUUUUGUGAUUUACCAUGCAAAGUGAUGUCAUCUAGUUUUAAUAGUUUAGAAGUUUUAGCUCCUAUGUUAUUUACAUCGUAAUUAAUUUAAUCUAUACCAUAUUCCAAAAUUCCUCUUAAAGAGUUAAUUAUAUCAGGAGAUAGAAUGGAAUUAGUUUAAAAUAUAUAUGAUGAAACAAUAUCAACAGACUACUCAUCUGAUUCAUAAACUUAAUGUUUCAUAUAAUUUAAUCUUUAAACAUAAUUUGCAUAUUUAAAACUUGCUAAGUUAAGAUUCUAACCAAAAUUAGGAUUUUAGUAUAACAAAUUAAAAACAAUUAAAAUUUAGUAUACUAUAGAUGGUUAAAAUUGGAUAUAAUUAGAAAAAUUAAAAUAUAUAAAUGAAGGUUGGAAUGUUUUAAUACCUGAAAUAUAAAUAGAUAAGAUUAAUUCAAUUAAAUUUAUAGAUGAUUAAGGUAUUGAAGGUUCUUAAUGUUCAUUUUCAGAAAUUGAAUUAUAUGGUUGGAUACAUUUUAAUGAAAAUAAUCUAAAGAAUUGUCAAGUUGAUAUUAAUGUGAAUGGUUUUUAAUUUAAUAGUAUAUCUAAUGCAGAGACAUUCUUAUAUCAAUAUUAACCAAUAGUAGAAUCAGUUGUACCUAGAUAUGGAUCUGUGAAUACAGAAACUGAAAUAACUAUUAAGGGUAAUGGAUUUAUUAAGGAUUAAACUAUUGUAACUAUAGAUAAUAUCUAAUGUGUUUUAGUUAGUGUAACUACUACUGAAAUUACUUGUAAAACAGGAAUCAAAACUGUGUUGACAGAGAAUAGUGGAUUUGUUGUUUAAGUAUAAAAAGCUUAAGCUCUUAUUAAAUAAUAGUUUAUGUAUAUUUAAAAAUGGUCAGAUGUUUCAACUUGGGAAUUUUAAAUACCAUAAGAUGAAGAUUCUAUUCUGAUUAAAAAUUAUUAAAAAGUAUUAUUAGAUGUCAAUACAGUACUUCUUAAUAGACUUGUAAUUGAAGGAAAAUUAAUAUUUGCUGAUGAAUAAGAUAUCAAAAUGAUUGCAAAUUAAAUUAUUAUAAGAGAAGGUGCUUUAAUUAUUGGAUCUCAAGAUUAACCUUAUUAACAUUAGGUUAUUAUUAUAUUACGUGGAGAAGAGACUGAUAUUUAAUUCCCAUUAAUAGGUAACAAAGUUAUAGGAUGUGUAAAGUGUUAAAUUCAAAUGUUUGGAAGAAAAAGAAUUUCAUCUUGGAGUUUAUUAGAUUAAAAAGUAUUAAAAGGAGAAAGCAUCAUAAAAUUAAGUACAACUGUGGAUUGGAAUGUUGGUGAAUAGAUAGUAAUUGCAACUAGUAGUUCUAAUAUUGAAGAGAACGAAAUUAGAAUCAUCAAAUCUAUUAGUACUGAUAAAAAAAGCAUUACUUUAGAUUAAUUACUUAUUUAUACCCAUUUAUCAGAAGGAUAAUAUAAAACUGAAGUUGGUUUGUUAUCAAGAAACAUUUAGAUUUAAGCAGAAUAAUAAAAUGGUUAUGGUGUUCAUAUUCAUAUUAAUGGAAAACAAAAUUAAGGAACAAUUGUAAGAAUAUCAAAUGUUGAAAUUAAAAAUGGUGGAUAAACUAAUAUAGUUGGAAGAUAUCCAAUACACUUUUACAAUAAUGAGGAAAUGGAUUAAUCACUAAUCGAAGAUAAUUCUAUUUACAAUAGUAAUUCAAGAUGCAUUGUGUUAAAUAAUGUUAAAUAUUUAAGAAUAAUUAAUAAUGUAUGUUAUAAUAUCAUAGGAAAUGCUAUUCAUUUGGUUAGUGUUACAGAUAUUAAUAAUAGAAUUGAAUCUAAUUUAGUUAUUAAAGUAAAAUCAAACUAAUUUAUUGAUAAUUCUUGUUCUUUCUUUAAUUUCCAAUCCAAAAAUAAUUAAUUAUUAGAUAUUGAUAGAUAAUCAUCAGCAUUUUACAUUUCAAAUCCAUUUAAUACUAUUAUUAACAAUAGAGCAAUAGCAAGUGAUUAUAUUGGAUUCAAUAUAUUUAUUAAUAGAAUCAAUAAUCAUAAUCAUUAAAUAGUUGAAUCUCUAGGAUGGGAUGUACUUAAUAUCCAAAACAAUUUUAUUCAUUCUAUUGUAGGUCAUGGAAUUCAACUCACUAUUUUAUUAGAAACACAAUAGCAAUAAUCAGCCAAUUAAUAUAAUGAAGCAUCUAUUCUUAAAUUAUUUUCUAUUUGGUAAAAUACAUAUAAUGAUUUCAAUCUUUUAAUAAAAACAUAAACUGAAAUAAUUGAAUAGUAAUUCAAUUUCCCUAAUUCAGAAACUGUAGAUUUAAGUAUAAUUAGCUAUUCUAAUUUUGCAACUUUAUUAAAUCCUUUGAUAUUUAAGUUUAAAUAUUCAUUAAAUAAUGAGAAUUUUCUUGUCAACAGAUUUAGAGAUAAAGAAUUUAAAUCAUUACUAGAAAUCCCUAAUGAAUAAAAUUGUUAAAUGGGUGAUUGGUAUAAUGAUUAAGUUACUAAAUCUUUAUAUUUUUGCAUUUUAGGAUAAUAAAAAAUGCAUAGAUUACCUAUUAAAAUAAAGGGAAAGAUAUGUAUAGAGCUAGAAUAAUGUAACAUUGCAACUGAUAAUUCAGAAUGUCCUAAAAUAUUAUUAGAUGAAUAAAAUGAUGAUUAAUCUUAAGAUACUAAUGAAGGUUAAGAUAAUACUAAUAUUGAAGACAAUGAUAAUACUAAUGAUGGUAAUGAUAAUACUAACACUGAUAGUAAUACUAAUACUGAUGGUAAUACUAAUACUGAUGGUAAUGAUGAUAAUACGAAUACUGAUGGUAACAAUAAUAAUGAUGAUAAUACUAAUACUGAUAAUAAUACUGAUGAUAAUACUAAUAAUAAUUAAGGAUAUAUGUAUAAUUGGUCCUCUCCUUUAGCAUGGAAACCAUAUCAAAUUCCAAAACGUGGUGAAAAAGUUACAAUAAAAAAAGGCUAUUAGAUAAUUUUAGAUAUAGAUCCACCAGAAUUAGAUGAAUUGAUAAUUGAUGGAUAAUUAAUAUUUGAUGAAAAAAGAUAAGAGUCAGUUUUAUAAAGCAGUUCAAUUAUUAUUAAUUAAGGUUAAAUUAUUGCAGGAAAUAAAGAAUAACCAUAUAAAAGCAAGAUUACUAUUAUAUCAAAUAAUAUUUAAGUUUUUAAUAGAUUUGAUUUAUAUUCCAUUAUUCCUUAGACAUUUAAUACUAGAUUAGUCAUAAGUUCUUAAGCUGGUUCUAAUAACAUUGAAGUAUAGGAAUGUUUAGAUUGGUAAAUUGGAGAUAAAAUAGUACUAGGACCCUCAGGAACUAAAUGGGAUAAUAAUGAAGAAAAAACUAUUUUGAAUAAAUCAGGUUGUAUUUUAACUUUAGAUUCUCCAUUGAAGUAUGAUUAUUAUGGAGAUAAAUCAAUUACAAUAAUAAAAAAUAAUAUAGGUUAACUUGAUAUGAGAACUUUGGUGGUUCAUUUAAGUAGAAAAAUUAAAAUAGAGAAUCUUAAUUAAGGAGGAACUAUUUAAAUAGUUCAUGGUUUAAUAGAAAAUGAUAUAUAUAUUGGUUUAAUAAGAUUUUAAGGAGUAGAGAUAGUUAACUUUGGUUAAUCAGAUAAAGCAGGGUUAAUAUUUGAGAAUUUAUUGAUAUCAUAAACAAGCAGUAUUGUUGGAUGUAGUUUUCAUGAAAGUAAAGGAAAAUUUUUGAGGAUUUCAAAUAGUAAUAUGAUUUCUGUUUUAAAUAAUGUAUUUUAUUCAGGAGUUCAAGUUUUAGUUGAAAUAGUGGAGUAAAAAUAUUUGUAAUUUAAAAAUAAUAUAUUGAUUUAUGUGAAAAGAACAAUUACAAGUGAUUGGGCAGUAUUGGCAAAUUUCAUGUUUUCCUAGAAUGAUAUAAAUAUUUCAAGAUAAAAUGUAGAUAUUUCAGGGAAUAUUGGUUAAGGUUCAGAAGAUGCAGGAUUCUAUAUAGUUUCUAUUUCAUGCAAUGAAAUAAAUCAAGCUAAUAUUUAUAAUAAUGUUUGUUCUUCAGCAUAGAAUGCUUGUUUUGCUGUUGUCCAAAGUAGUAGUGUUUGUGAUGCUAUUUCUUAUCUUUAUGCUUAUCAUAGCAAAAUUGGGAUAAUGUUUUCAGUAAAUUCAAAAUAAUUAGAAAUGAAGAAUUUUAUAACAGCUGAGAAUAAAAUAAAUAUAAUUUUGAAGGGAACAUCAUAAAUUGAAUGGAAUAAUAUAAUGAAAAUUAAUGAUGGAUAUAUUACAGCUGUUGCUCGUCCUAAUUGUAUUCAAUGUUAUGAUAAUAUUGAUAAUAACUAUUGUUCUUCUACUUUGGGAAUGUAAUUAGCAACUAUUUCUUCUUAAUCAUUACUUCCUAAUUCAUAUAAUUUAUUAUCAGAUUAAUUUGAUUAGAUAAGUUCUAAACAAGUAAUUGAUUUAAGAGUUUUAAUUACUAAUUUAGAAUUCAAUUAAUUUAAAGUAAAUAAUAAUUAAGUUCAAAAUUGUGUUGAAAAUGCAGUAUUCAGAUAACACCCUUAUGCUAUUGAUAUGACUGGUAGUCAUUAUUUAAAAUAAACAAAAUGCACAGAAUGUGAAUUUGAAUCAUUAUUAUAUAAAUUAAGAGAUUCAGAUUUUAAUAAAAUAGGAAUAUAGGGUGGAUGUGGUUCUAUGGAAUGUACAGGUUAAAAGAAUGUAUUAGUUGAAGAUUUAACAGGAGAUUUCUUUGGAGAAAUAGGAUAAGGUAUAUCUAAUAAUACAGAAUUUGGAUAGAAUGUUUAAUAUUGUAAAAGAAUUGAGUAAUGGAAUGGUUAUUGGUGUCCAGGUAGAAAUAUUUAAGUAUUAUAUUUUAUGAGUACUGCUCCAGAUGCAAAUACUCGUUUAUUUUCUCCUGUUUUGUUAUCUGAUGGAACUUUUAAAAAUAUUAUUAAUAGUUGUUAUGAAUGGAAUUGGUUAUAUAAUAAACCAUAAAUGACAAGAGAAUCCAAAUUUAUAAGUUUAAUAUCAUCAAAUUCUACUAUCAUUUUAAAUACAACAGGAACAUAACCUACUGCAUCGAAAUUUUGGUUAUCCAAAAAAUUUGAUGAUGAAGGAUAGGAUUAUGCUAUCAUUUCUAUUAAAUUUGAUUAUCCAUUGAUACCAAGAGUGUUUAAAAAUGGUGUUUUUAUUCCUCGAAAAAAAAUUAUAGAUAAUGAAUGUGGAUCUUAUAUAUAUUCAAGAGAUGAAAAUUAACUUGAAUUUUUAGUGAAUUCAUAACCGGAUUGUUAAGUAGAUGUUCUGUAGUUCAAUUAUCUUGCAGUAGCAUAAUAAUUAAUAGCAAAAAGCAGUCUUGAUUGUAUACAUUUUUUAUCGAGGAUAUCCUAUAUUUUCUCAUUGUAAAUUUCUAAUUUUGAUUGUUAUUAGAGAAAUCCUAAAAGAAGAAGACUAUAAGAAUCUGAUAUAAUUGAAAUUACAUUUAACUGGGUCAUUAUUGACGAAGCUUAACCAGGAACAGAAGCAGCUUAUGGAUCCGAAGAGAGAUUAUAAUAAUAUAUUGAUAAAGUAUCUCAAUUAACUCCAGAUCCUGAUUUUGGAAUAUAUGAAAUUCUUUCUUUAUCUUUUGAAAAACAUAUUCUAACUGAAUUAAACUUUCCAAGUUCUGAACCAACCUAAUGUAAAUAUUAUACUUAAAUUUUAGUACCGGAUUAAUAAGUAGAAUCUAAUCCUGAAAGCGUAAAUUAAGAAACAAAUAAUGAAAAAGCCAUUAUUUCAAAAAAUACUGAAACUUCUGAUAACAAUGAUUAAAAUCAAGAUUAUACUUUAAUAAUUGUUCUGUCGAUUACAAUUCCAUUAGUGUUCAUCAUUGCUAUAUCAAUCUUUUGCAUAAGAAGAUUUAGAUAACGCAAAAGUUAAGUUGUAAUUCCGAUUGGUCAAAUUUAAAAGGAUGAUACUACAAAUAAUAAAUUACCUGAGACUACUUUUAUGUAAAGAUCAGCUUUCAAAACACCUAAAGCAGAAUAUAUGGAGAAAAUAGAAUUUGUUACAAAAAUAUGA